UCAUUUUGACAACAUAAACCUUCGUAUUCUGCACCUUCACAUUAACAAGGGUUGUCUUGUAAAUAGCGCCGCCUCGAGCAAACUUACAGAAGUCAUCAUGGCUUCUCGAUCUCAGUCAAAUACUGCCAUGAAAACAUGGGAAUUGAGUAACAAUGUGGAAAGCGUUGCAUCGGUAGAUGACAUUUACAGAUAUGACAAAAGGCAGCAACAAGACAUUCUUGCUGCCAAACCUUGGGAGAAAGAUCCCCACUAUUUUAAGUCCAUCAAAAUCUCAGCCCUGGCCUUGCUAAAGAUGGUGAUGCAUGCCAGAUCUGGUGGUAACCUGGAAGUGAUGGGCCUGCUAUUGGGCAAGGUUGAUGGCAACACCAUGAUUGUCAUGGAUAGUUUUGCCCUGCCAGUGGAGGGCACAGAAACCAGAGUGAAUGCUCAGGCACAGGCAUAUGAAUACAUGGCAGCUUAUACUGAAUCUGCUAAGCAGGUAGGUCGACUGGAAAAUGCUAUAGGCUGGUAUCACAGUCACCCUGGCUAUGGAUGCUGGCUCUCUGGUAUUGAUGUUAGCACACAGAUGUUGAACCAGCAAUUUCAAGAACCAUUUGUGGCUAUUGUGGUGGAUCCAGUGAGAACUAUUUCUGCAGGAAAAGUUAAUCUUGGUGCUUUUAGAACAUACCCAAAGGGUUACAAACCCCCAGAUGAAGGCCCAUCAGAAUAUCAGUCUAUUCCACUGAACAAGAUUGAAGAUUUUGGGGUUCACUGCAAACAGUACUAUUCUCUAGAUGUGUCCUACUUUAAGUCUGGCCUUGACAGGAGAAUGCUAGAAUCUCUCUGGAAUAAGUACUGGGUCAACACCCUUAGUUCAUCUAGUUUGCUUACUAAUGCAGACUACACAACAGGACAGAUUUUUGACUUGGCUGAUAAGCUAGAACAAUCAGAGAUUCAACUGGGAAGAGGUGGAUUUAUGCUUGGAGUAGAUUCCCAUGACAAGAAGGCAGAGGACAAGCUUGCCAAGGCAACUAAAGAUGGGUGCAAAAACACUAUGGAGUCCAUACAUGGGUUGAUGUCUCAAGUAAUUAAGGACAAACUGUUUAACCAAGUGCAUUCCACUUGAAAUCUUAUGAUCAAGUUCUGUGGUAUACCAGGUCCUUGCUUCCAAAUGUCUCUUGAACCCAAGUCCUGAAUGUUAAUGAAACUAAUCUAUGACCUGUAUAUCUACCACAGCAGCUUCAAACUAGCUAUCUACGCAAUUAUCAUGAUUGCAUUGUUAAUGGAGUAGCAUUGGGACAGUUUAAACAAUUUGAAGAAAUGUUUAGAGUUAACGCGGAAUGAACAGAUGUGCAUUUCUGUGAAUGCAAACUCUUCACAAGAGGUUAAGACGACUUUUAUUUCAAGGUAUUUAAAUGUGGCAAGAAAACAUGGAAAGCAUGAGAUUAUAGGGGCUGAUACAAAAGUGUAAAUAAAUUCAUUCAAAAUUUCA